ACCUACACUUACGGUGUGCAUUGUAGAAAGAUUUGGCAGUAGUGUUUAUCUUGGCUGAUCUAUUAUACAGAUCAAAAUAAUCUAGGAUUACUCGCUGAUCCGAAAGUAUUAAACUGUUAACUGUAAGACAAUAAAACAUUAUCUGCGCCAGAAAAGAGCAACGUACUGGCUCUGCUUCAAGUAGGCUGUCCUUUAUACAAACUUGCGCCACAACUGAGAGAGUUCACAGACUUCUGACAAGCACUUGUCAUUCACUAGAAUCGUCUGCCAGGAAAUUUGUCAAAAUGGCCGAUUUGAUGAACAGUGAUGUAUUCCUGGCCUUCUGCACGUAUGCCACUAUCGUCGUCCUCAAAAUGAUGUUCAUGGCUCCUCUGACCGGAUACUUCAGGAUGACCAGAAAGGCCUUUUCAAACUGGGAGGACACUGCAAUGAGCAAAAGUCCAGAGGCGCGAAAGAAGAUGCUUCAGACCAAUCCUGAUGUAGAGCGUGUCCGAAGGUGCCAUCUGAAUGACCUGGAGAACAUCAUUCCCUUUGUGGUGAUCGGGCUUCUGUAUGCACUGACCGGUCCAGAUCUCUCCACUGCUCUGCUGCACUUCCGGGUGUUUGUAGGCUCUCGUUUCAUCCACACCGUAUCAUACGUGCUGGCUCUUCCUCAGCCCAGCAGGGGUCUGUCCUGGGUGGUGGGAAUGAUCACAACCUUCUCCAUGGCCUACAGGGUGCUCACUACAGCUCUCUAUCUGUAAAGAUGCCAUUGCAUUGCAGUAUGAGGCAGAAUGGUAGAGGCCAGUUUUGUAUGUUUUUUAUUGGCUUUAUACUUUCUUAUUUCACUGUAGUGUAUGCAAUUGAUAAUAAAAUCUGUCAACAUUCA